AUGAUACCCUCAACGUCACUUCUCGCUCUUCCAUUCUUGCCUAUUUCGGUCUUGGCGUCCAAUGUACUCGACUCUCGCGCGACCUGCACCAACUUCAGCCUUGCAGGAAAACCAUACACUAUACCUGGACCCGCCACAUACAUCAUCAGCUCUGGCGUCGUCUGCAAAGACACUCAAAACUGCACAAUCCUAGCUGGCGGAUUUGUAAACGUACCUCGUCUGCUCAACAACACACAACCGGAUGAAAGCGUUGUCAACGACAUAUUCGCUCUAGUCUCCUCAUCCACAAACAUUGACUUUGAGGCAUCCACACCCGACAACAUCUCGCCCGUGACACAGACAUUUGCGCAUGGCACUGCUGGAUUUGUCAUUUUUACACCUAUCUACCGCUGUGUGGCCGGAACUCUCAGUGGUUGUGGUGCUGGAAACGAUACCUACACAGAUGGAACUGUUAUCCAAGCUUGCACGCCUGAUAACAGGAUCGACGAGAAUCAUAUCACUGGAACUGUCAAUAAAGUCACCACUGAUGAGGCUUCUGCGAAGGAUGUUACCUGCAACCCGGCUAAUGUCAGCAGUGCGGCUGAUGCACCUAACAAGGAGUGUAUGAAGACGUUGGGAGUAGUCACCACGAGUGGUGCUGAUUUUUCGGCGAUGAUUAGUACUACAGCAGUUGGUGUUGCUAUGCUGAGUGUUGUUGGUGUUCUGCUGGUCUGA